UUUUGACUUUUUGUCCUACUUCCGUGUCAUCUUCACAUUUAAGCAGACGAAACUGAUUCAUCCCUGAUAGGCUGCCAAACUCUGGAAGAAUAUGCAUCUCUCGCUUCUUGUUUUCUGCCUGUGUCUCUUCAAUGGAGUGUUUGGUGAACAUUCAGGAGACAAUCCAGAGAUGGAAAAUAAUACAGAAAAUAACUACCCUGAACAUAAUACAGAAAUGAAAUAUGCUAAAAAUAUUACAGAAAUUAAGACCGAACUUUCUAAAGUUUAUAUAAGAAAUUAUUUAGAUAUUGAUCUGAAUAAUGAAAGUAUACAUAAUGGACAGAACAUAAAAGAGAUAAGAGUGACGGAUGGAGAAAAUGUUACACUAGGUUCUGCUUCCAGAAUGAGAGGAAAUGAUCAGAUAAAAUGGACGUUCACACCUCAAAACUUCAACACUGGUACUGGAAGAAAUUAUAGUGUUGAAGAGUUUGGAGACAGACUGCACGUGGACCCUCAGACUGGAUCUCUCACCCUCAGAAACAUCAGAACCACAGACUCUGGACUUUAUCAUCAGAACUCAAGCACAGAAACGGCCGUGAGGACACGAAUGUUUAGUGUCGCUGUUCAUGAACACCUGCCCACGCCUACAAUAACAGGCUCCAGAAACUGUUCUUCAUCAUCAGAAAGAUCAAAAUGUGUGUUGUUGUGUUCAGUGGUGAAUUUGACGGAUGUGACAGAUGUGAGUCUCUCCUGGUAUAAUGGAAGCCAUUUAUACUCCAGCAUCAGUGUGUCUGAUCUCAACAUCAGUCUCUCUCCACUACUGGAGGUCCAAUAUCACGAUACAAACACAUACAGAUGUGUGGUGUCCGGUCCAGUCAGCAACCAGACUCGACAUCUCAACAUCACUCAACACUGUCAGCCCUGUUCAAGCCCUAAACAACUUCACCCUCUUUUAGCAUUGUUAGCAGGGGUUCUGGGCAUUUUACUGGGGAUGUGCUAUUGUUGUUGUAAAGGAAAUGGAAGUAGAACCAUUCUGAUCUUCCGGUGAACUGAAGUAUAACAAACAUUGGAUUUAUUACAUUAGAUCAUUGUGCAUUAAUGUAUGUUUUUUUGUGGGUGUGAUCCAUGAGACAUUCCUGAUCUUCUUGUUCUUCUUCAUGACAGCAUCUGUCCUACAGGAUCAGAAUAACAGGAUAACUGCCAGUAACGACAAGUUUGACCUUGUUACCGGCAUUUCUUAGUAGUGAAAAUCUACCAUAAUUAUUGUAUUAUUAAUAGAGUUAUGUCACAGGCCUAUACCUUUAUUGUUGAUUUGGGGUGGGGAGGGUGUGGUAUGAUGUGAUUUAAGUAAGCUUGCCAAUUGCGUCACAAAUGUAUUUCCUUAAACACCCACUGUUGAUACCCGAAAGGAGUAAAGCUAAACCAUUUUUGUAUAUAAAGAAAAAUAUCAAGUUAUCUUGGAGGAUAUUUCGCUGGCUGAAAAGCAUAGACUUUAAUGACUUCAUUAUCCCAAUAGAUGGCAGCAACGAUCCAAGUUUAAAGUCUUGUGCAUGUUUUGUUUCUUUUUUUAAAGUUUAAGAUGCAUGUGCUGUGUGUUUUCAAUGUUUAAUCGUAUAUUUCCACUAUUAAUUGCAAUUUAUUUCAAUUAAUAAAUCAUGUAAGUUCU